CAGAUUCAGAGCUUGUUUUUAUGUCGUUUUGCUCUGAAAUGGGGGACACACAUCCAUAUUAUAUUUUUUGUAUUCUCUUCGAACAGUGACAGUGCUGGAAAGAAUCUAAACACCAUUAAAUCUUUACGAGUACUCAGAGUUCUCCGACCCCUUAAAACCAUCAACAGAGUUCCCAAAUUAAAGGCUGUAUUUGAUUGUGUAUUCAAUUCUCUGAAGAAUGUAUCCAAUAUUCUGAUUGUGUAUGGUCUGUUUCAAUUCAUCUUUGCUGUCAUCGCUGUCCAGUUAUUUAAAGGAAAGUUUUUCUACUGCACAGAUGAAUCAAAAGCAACAAGAGAUGAGUGCCAGGGGCAGUAUUUUGAUUAUGAAGGCAGCAAUAAUGUGCCUACAGUAAAAGAUCGUCGAUGGUUACGACAAGAUUUUCAUUAUGAUGACAUUAUGUCAGCCAUGUUGACUCUAUUCACUGUUACCACUGGAGAAGGAUGGCCCUUCAUAUUAAAACAUUCAAUGGAUUCCACCUAUGAGGAGCAAGGUCCUCGACCAGGCUACAGAAUGGAAAUGGCUGUAUUUUAUGUGGUUUUCUUCAUCGUGUUCCCAUUCUUCUUUGUGAACAUCUUCGUUGCCUUGAUUAUCAUAACAUUCCAGGAACAGGGAGAUAACGAGCUUAUAGAUCAAGAUCUAGAUAAAAACCAGAAACAAUGCAUAGAUUUUGCUAUAAAUGCCAAGCCAACUUGUCGUUUCAUGCCAAAGAAUAAAGAUUCCUUAAAAUAUAAGAUAUGGAAACUAGUCGUAUCACCCAAAUUUGAAUAUUUUAUAAUGACAUUAAUUGCACUGAAUACUAUAGUUCUAAUGAUGAAGUAUCAUGGGCAGAGUGACACCUAUAAAGAUGUACAGAAGUAUCUUAAUAUGGGAUUCGCCAUAUGCUUCACUAUUGAAUGCUUACUUAAGAUAAUCGGAUUUGGUCCGAGGAACUAUUUCCGAGAUCCUUGGAACGUUUUUGAUUUUACCACAGUUAUAGGCAGUAUCAUAGAUGUAUUUAUAUCCGAAUUAUUAGUUACAACGGUCAGCUUUGGUUUCUUCCGUCUUUUCCGAGCUGCUCGUCUAGUAAAAUUACUACGUCAGGGCUAUACCAUACGUCUGCUACUGUGGACGUUCUUCCAGUCUUUCAAGGCCCUACCCUAUGUGUGCCUCCUCAUCCUCAUGUUGUUUUUUAUAUACGCUAUAAUCGGAAUGCAGGUGUUUGGCAAUAUAAAGUUAGAUUCUAAGACAGGAAUAAAUCGACAUAACAACUUUAGAACUUUCUUCCAGGCUUUAACAUUAUUAUUCAGAUGUGCAACCGGGGAGAGUUGGCAGCAAAUCAUGUUAUCAUGUUUACAUGGUCGACCAUGUGACCCUGAAUCUUACCCUCCCGAAGAUAAAGAUCGCGAAAAUAGCUGUGGUCUAAAUUUUGCCUAUGGAUAUUUUGUUACAUUUAUAUUUCUUUGUUCUUUUCUUAUGUUGAAUUUAUUUGUUGCUGUUAUUAUGGAUAAUUUUGAUUACUUAACGAGAGACUCGUCAAUUCUCGGUCCACAUCAUUUGGAUGAGUACACUAGAAUGUGGUCCGUUAUAGAUCCUGGGGCCACGGGGAGAAUUCAUUAUACAGACAUGUAUGAUGUGUUGAGAGAAAUGGAACCACCUGUCGGUUUUGGUAAAAAAUGUCCUUACAGACUGGCUUAUCGGAAAUUAAUAAGAAUGAACAUGCCUAUAAGAGAUGAUGGUACGGUUCAUUUUACAACUACCUUGUUUGCUUUAGUUCGGGAAUCAUUGAUGAUCAAAAUGGGAGUAGCUGAAGAGAUGGAUAAGAAGGAUCAAGAAAUGAAAGACAUUAUCAAACAGUGUUGGCCAGUACAAGCUAAAAAGAUGCAACAUAUAUUAAUGCCACCCGAGGAAGAAAUUAAUGAAGGUAAACUGACUGUUGGGAAGGUGUAUGCUGGUUUGCUGAUUGCUGAAAACUGGAAAGCUUACAAGGCAAGCCAAACACAAAACUCAAAUCUUAGAAUGAUAUCUCCUCAUUAUUUUAAUACAUUACAGCUAGAAGAACAUGACGAGGAUAAUGAUUCAGAGGAGAGACCUCCAUCUUUGUUCCGUCGCUUAAUGGGUGCCAUGAGAACACCAUCAUCGGCUCGAUCUAGCCAGAGUUUAGAUUCAGAACAUUCAGAUGGUGAAAACACAGAAGGGGGUCACAGUAUUGAUAAAGGACCAGUCUGGCAGCGUUCUUUCAGUUUUCUGCGUCGCAAUAGUAGUAAAAAGAAAAAAGAAGGCCAUGACGGCUUGCAGGCUCGUUUCAACAAAGUUUUUGGUGGUUAUGUCAAUUCCUCUUUUUCCUAUGAUGAAGAUGAUACUGACUCCAAAAAGAGCGGUCAAGAUUUUUCAGGAGGUCUACGACCUGAGCACGCAGGCCAUAACAAGCUUAACAGAACGGGCUCGGAUACCAAUAGAGGUGGAGCUCCCCCUUCUUUACCCACUACUCCGAUAUCUCCAAGGGGAUCUCCUCUCCCUCAUCACAGUCCCUUUGGGUCCCCUAGGACAUCCCCUCUUCCCUCUAGACGUUCCCCAUCACCCCGUAGGUUUGAUGUUGGAUUUGCUGCUGCUGUGUCCAAUAUAGUUGACCAAGCCCAUGUUAUUGCUGAACAUGAAAGAAGGAAACCAUACGGAAAAUAUGAUACAGAUAGUAAUCCCAAUUCACCACAACUAGUUACCAGAAGUAGAUCCCGCAAUCGUAUUUCUGGACAUUAUGGACAAAGUGGAUCUCCAUCACCCAGUCCAACACCACAUCGUAGAGACAGAGAUUCAACAUUUUAUAGAUCUACAUCAUUGGAGACUAGAUCACCCAGCCCAACAUCUAAUCCUAAUGGAUCACCACCACAGCAAGAGUAUUAUGGCUCUGCCAUUCUUAGAGAUAGAUCGCGGAGUCCGAGUCCCCUUCAGUCUCCGCCAAAGCGUUCGGGAAGAAGGUUACCCCCAGUACCCACUAAACCAUCGUCUUUAAAUCUUGCUCAACCAAAAUUAAAAGACAAUAAUAUGCCUCGUGUGAUGCCAUCCCCCACAAUACCAACACAAUCUCGCAGCCCUGGCAGUAUAAACUUUCCACGAUUAAAUGCUUCACCGACGCGGGUGCCUAAACUAAAUAUUGCUGCACAUCCACAUCACGUGGCGCCACCUGGACGACUAAGUCGGCCAGAGCCAUACAGUCCGACAGAAAGGAACAAUUUAAAUAAACAUUCUAAUCCCCAGUCGAUGCCUAGUGCUCAUAGGACUUCUAGUAGUUUAGGUCGGGAUAGAGAUAGAGAACGAGACAGAUCUUGGAGUCGUGAAAGAGGAGUUGAGAGAGAACGUGGUUCUCAUGCUAGUAGAUCUCCAGACAUUCGCACUAGUGAUAGGAGUAGAAUAUUAGCUAAUCAAUUUGACGAUGUGCCACAAGAUGGUGGUAGAGUGCGCGGAUCGGGUGGCCCAAGAUCAACCGCAACCCUUCCAAAUGGCUUUAAACCAAAAACAAAAUCGAGAAAGGCCGAGAAAUAUGAAAUGCGAAGUGAUAGUAAUAUUCCAUUACACGAUUCAGAUGAUGAUGAAGAGGAUUGGUGUUAGUGAAUUUGAGAUGCAUUCAGCAAAUUCUGUUAUUUUUUUCUCUAUAUGAGGAUUAGCCGAUGGUGAUAACAAAACAUCUAAAUAAUCAUUAUAAGUAACAUUGAAUCUUUUGUUAAUAGUUAUGUUUUUAUUGACAUUGUUAAUAUAUCUGUUAAUAGUUUAUAACUAAUAGUUUAUCAAAAUAUAAAUGUGGUUUUGAUUCAAUCUGCUGAUAGUUGUACGUAUUAUUAUUAUAAUAUAAUAUAAUAUUACAGAAAUACCAUCAAGCAACUCUGUGCUAUCUGUUUGAAAAAUCCCUUCGUACAAUGCUUAUGAUGAUGUGAAGUGGAAAAAUCACAUAAAUAUCUUCGGUUAACAUGGUAAUAUGGAUAGUUAUAAGGUUUUAAAGUACAGGGUUCAUAGACCAGCUAUCGCCGAAAGGUGCAUGUAACAUUCAAGAGACCAAAUGACAGAUUUCAAUUACGUUUGAGAUCAAGCCCUUGUUGUAUGUACAUAGAAGUACACAAUGGCAACAACCGUGUUUCACAUAUUUCAAGUUGAAUUUAACAUAAUGCCCAGUGUAAUUAUUUCUGUGUUCUGUAUUGUAAUAUAUUGAUGUUAUGUGAUUUAACAUGCUGUGUUUAUUACAGUAGCAAUUUUGUUGUCGUUGAGAAAUAUUACUGUGAUUAAAUGAACAAUUGUUGAAUUUUAUGUGUUGGAGCUGAACAUGAAAUAUAUUAAACGGCAAGACUUUGUUUCAUUCAACUUUUUGACUAAUGCCGAUUAUUGAUGCAGUUAUGUGUUCGGGUUACAGUGUACCGCAGGAAUUUAGUAAUAAGGUGGAAGAGGUUCAAUAUUUAAAAGAAAGGGUCAAGAACUUUGAAUAGAUUUUGACCCUUUAAUAAUACAACAAACAAACUUUACCUUUAAAUAAACAAUUUAAAGGUUGAACAGUUUUAAAUCUUGAGAUGAAAUUAUUUUUCAAGUGCAUUAAUUAUUUAAACUGUUGUUUUUAUUAAUUAUUUCGCUCAAGAUGGCGUGUAAAAAAGUUGAUAAACCUGUGAAUUUGUAGUUUCUUUUUUGUGAUCAGAUCAUCAAGGUCAUCAUCAUCCUCAUCCUCAUUAUUACCCUUUUCACCAUUUUUAACUUGUAUCUAUAUAUUUAAAGAUUGUGUAAGGCACUGAGCAUGAUUAUGUGUUUAAUACUAACAUAAAUACAUUUUAAAAACGUUGAAUUUCAGUUAAUAACAAUUCAACGUAUAGGUGUCAGUACAGAUUAAUCAAUACCAAUAUUCAAUCAUAAUAUCCACAAAAUACGCAGAUUUAUUAAUCCUGUUAAAGUGCUAUGGAAUUCCAGUUGAAACUAUCUGAUAAUGCUAUUCCUGCAUUUUCCGAUGAUGUCCAAGACAAUUAAAGUGUUCAGAAAUAAAACCUUAGUAAUUGUCUGAAAUUAAAUGGUAUUACCGCACACAAACUUAAUACUGGAAUGUUAACGUUACAGGGUUAUUGGAAACGGUGUAGAAUAGUUUGUAUCAGAAUUGAAAAUUAGUCACAGAAACAAAUGAUAAUGACAAAAAAUUGAAAUUUAAACACAAGUCAUUAAGUCAUUAUUCUUCAGGAACACCUCAGAAAAUACUUUUGUGAAGACUGGGUUGAAUAUUUAUUUAUUGCGAUCUCAUAGAACUAAAGAUUAAAAUGAUUUGGUAUUGGGUUAAACGUGUUAUCUAAACACAUGUUCAUCAUGCUGACAUUUAAAUUUGAUCCCUGGGCAUAAAUUAUAUCCUUUAUAAAAUUGUCAAAAUAUGUUUAAAUCAGGUUUAUUGUAUUUGUCAGGGUUGGGGUUUCAAUUUCUAUGAUUGUUCUUUUAAAUAUCGCAUACACACUAUAUAGUAAAUUUUCUUUAAUUUUAUUUUUAAAUAGUUCUAAAUUAUAGUAUGUUUAUUUAUUUAUAAAUGUAUGGUAAAUUAUUGAAAUGCUGUUUAUUAUGUGAGCUGGUCUCAUUGGUGUAUUAUAUCUUUGUUUUAAUAUUUAUUAUAAUAAUCUUGAAUGUGAUCAAACAUAAGUCCUAAUUCAUUCUUGGUCGUUUACCUAAAUUUGGAAUUGGAAUAGAGAUUGUGCAUUCUGUGUUCCCAAGGAGCAGUUCCCAAUUCAAAACCUGUGAAGACCACGUUACCAAUAUUUUGAUGGAGAUAUUCCUAUUUCCGAGUGCACCCAAUGUCUGAAUAACAUUAUUGACAAUUUAGAUUUACAUAAAAUCUAUUAUAUCGAUCAAAGGGCUGAUCUGUCAUACUAUACAGUUUGCAAGCACUCACGAAUUUGUCAACCUUGAAUAAUCACCAACAAAAUGAUGACUAUCGUGAAUUAAAUGAAAUUAAAAUACAGAUGUGACGUCAUCCUUUGAUGUUGGCGUACCAUAUUUUCAAAUAAUGUUACGGGCAAUGUGCCAAGCGUACAUUAUUUAUACUAGUUGCAGUAUUGGACCCGCGUGACGUAUUUCAUUGAAAUGCACAUACUAGAUGGUGUCUGUAUGUUAAGUUGUUUAAUGGUCUCGUGCAAGACAUUGCGUAAUAUAUAGAUAUUGCCCUCGUGCUAUCGCACUCGUACAAUUUCAAUAUAUUAUUUAAUGUCUCGCAUUCGACCGUUAUACUACACCUUAAGUUUAGGACAAUUAGCCCAGGUAUGUACUGUCACGACUGGAGAAGGUCAACACUAAGGCUAAUAUCAUUUAUCGAUCGUGAUUAUUCGGUUUUAUUGGCGUUGGCCAAUCAUAAUAAAGAAAUUGAAUUAGUCCUUACUGGUGACAACUAUUCCAGACGGGCAUUGUUUUGUGUUUAAGUAGCUAGCAUAAUAUAUUUAUUACCAAUUAUUGUGAUAUGGACGUUUUGUGAUUUUAUUAAUAUUUAAUUGUUUCUAUGUUUAAAUAAUUUGUCUUUAUUAAUAAGUUAUAUUAAGAUAUGUAUUUUUAUUGUGCAAUUACUGCAUUAUUAUUUUAUUUAUUUGUGUUAAUUUAUUUUCUAUAACAAAACUCUUAUACAGUUGUUUAGCUUCCAUUGUGUUCAUCUGUUUAUUGCUGAAUUAUUACUCUUAUAUUUAUUAUUUUAAGUCUAUCAUACACAGAUUCAAGCAGUCUUGGUGGUAUUGUGUAAUACCUCGUAUCUGUUUUGAAAAGAAUUAUAUCGGGACAGAGACCUGGUGCUGUUCUCCAAAUCAACUGUCGGAUUACCGGAAAUCAGAAUUUUAAAUCCGUGUCUACUACAGAUGGUCAUAGUAUUGUUCUGAACAUAUAUCACUAUUGUUCUCCGAUGUCAUCUUAUUCGAAAUUUUUUCCUGUUAGCAUGUGAUUUGUAUGUGUUAUAAAUUGGAUCAGAUGGUUUUACUAUAGGUGUGAUUUGACCAUGUGUUUAUCUAUACAGAGAUAAGAUGUAAAAUUGUUACAAAACAUAAUGGUUGAACCAGAACUACCGACAAUUAAAUAUCUUGGUUCAUUUUAAAAUAUUUUUUUAGAUAUUAAAUCUGUUUGUACCUCAUUUGCAAGGGAGGAAAACACAUUUUUAAAGUUUUUGAGAAUAUUACAUAAAUUUUAUUAUCGUUAUUCAAUCAUAUGUAUAUCAUGUCAAGACCUAAUGCAUAGACCAUAAUGUAAAUUCAUUUUAUCAUUUUUCAUGACAUUUCAUUAUAGUGUGAAUUUUACAUAUUUUUGUGCACUUCUCAAUGUAGUCUGUAAAAAUGAAAAGGCCCUGGUGUUUUUUGUAUACCUAUAAAUAUUUAAAAAGUUAUUAUGUACAGUUAACAACAAAAAAAAAAGAUAACCAAUUUUUAUUAUAGACUUGUCUCACUUUCAGAGAUCUUUUUUUUUCAGACUUUUUUUUAUAUAUAAUUACACAUUUAAGUUUCUUUUUUAUAUGCCCACAUGCAUAAUGUGGUCGUGUAUUUUCGUUAUCACCGUCUGUCCACAAUUACUUUUAGCUGCUCUUGGAGCGCUCCAGAUAUCAUCUGGUGUACUUGAAAUUUAUAACCAGUUCAUGAGACGAAUAAGCUUAUUGAUUUACACAACGAUUUCCUAUAAAUCGCACAGCUGAAAGCUCUCAACCGAUUAUCGUUUAUGUUAGCGAUAUGAUAAACUAGGCGCCUCGCAUAGUAUAAUUAUGUCUGAUAAUUACUUCAUGGAAUGCUGCCCUUGGUCAGUUUUAUUGUCUUGAAAAUGCUCCCAUUACCUAUAUAUAAAAAAGUCUAUAGCGAUUAUAGGCUUCUUAGGUAAUUUAGUUGUUAUGGGCGUAUGUUUCGUGAUAGAUCAAUGAAUUAAUUACUAAAAUACUAUUUUUUUCAAACUUUGAUCAUUAUUGAGUGUAUAACUUCACGUCAAAUGCUUUUAGUGUGUGGAUAAGUGUUUUCAAUUAACUGAAAAUGUGCGUGAACCUGUGACAAAAACAAGUGUUUACAUUUUUGAAGCUGCAAAUGUAAAUAUAAUUUCAUAGCGAUCGUUAGCAGGACUCAUUGUCCGUACUUGCUUAUAUUUGCAGCGUUACAUUAAUGUUAAUUCUAAAUUUACCAAUAAACUUGCAUGCACGUGUGUAUUCACGUAAAAGAAAUUGGUGAAAAUAUUCAGUUCCGCAGAAUAAUAAUCAAAUAAUUUUUUUUUCUAUCGAUAUGCCAGGGUUUUAUGUAAUCAGCGUAAUGUUUUAAAUAUUUCAUUUAUUGCUUUUCAUUAAUGGAGAACUUUUUAUUCUAUUCAAAAUUUUGCCUUGAAAAAAAAUAAAGAAAAAAUAAAUUGUUAAACACUUA